AAGCCGUUAGAUGGUUUGCGAAUUACCACAACUGACUGUCUGUUUGACGAUAGAAUGUGUGCAACGUACGUGGCAUAUACAAAAAAGAAGAAGCGUGAUGUAUCUACUGUCAGUAAGCGUAGUACUGUAGCUGAUUUUAUUCGUGGAGAUAAGGUUCUUUGCAAUACUCAUUGGAAGGACGUGGAUGAGGUUCUUUUUCCCAUAUACGUGAACACUCAGAAACAUUGGAUUUUGGGACGUUUGGUCUUUAAAGAGAGAUGCAUAUAUGUCUAUAAUUCCAUGCAAUCAGCUUUGUCGAGGGCUCUUGGAAUGGAAGCAGCCACGAAAUAUUCAGUUCUCAUUCCUCUGUUUUGAACUCGUAUGAAUAUUUAUCAAAUGAGGAGCGACAUUGAUUUUAACUCUCCUGCUUAUCAGAAUAAGGAUUUUUGUGAUCCUUUCAAUAUUGUAUCUGUUUCCAGCCUUCCAGAGCAACAAGAAACUGAUUGUGGAGUGUUCACUCUCGCGUUUGCAGAGCAUUUGAUUCAUAAUAAACCUAUUCCGUUGACUCUGUAUAUUAAUCGCUAUCGGAUGCGUCUCUCAUAUCUGUUGUACCGAUAUGGCAUGAUGAAGAAUGCGGAAAAUAUUGUUAGUGAUGAAGAGAUUGAAUCGAAGAAGAACGAUGGAAAAGCAACAAAAAAGGGAAGAAAAAGGUGUCAGAUUAGUAAAUGUUUAGUUUUUUAA